AUGGACACCGGGAAUCAUAUACGUAUGACGAGACAUCCUACCCUGAAGGCCGUACCUUUAUCGGAGGUCCGCAGCGACUAUGGUGCAACAUACUUCGAAGCGGCUCUCGCCCGCUUUGUGGCCCAAUACCACCAGCCACAUUUGACGCGCGCUCAGAUUGAGGAUGCUGCAAACCGCAUGUCCAUCCGGUUCCAAACCAUUCCCGUCUUCCACAAGAUAAAGUUUCGAAACCGGGAUCCGUUCGCACGUACUGCAGAAUUUGAUACAUCCGAUGCAGUGCAUGCAAAGCCCAUCCGUCAAGACUCGCGCGGGCGCGAUGUUCCUGCGCGGUUUGAUACAGUUCUCGUUAAUAUGGGGACUUCUGGAAAUGCCAACUCGCGGUUGCAAGGUUUUCGAGUAGCGCAAGUGCGCGUAGUCUUCGCUUUACUGCCUCGCGCCGUCGCGACCUUAUUCAAGCGACCACCGCCGGAUCACCUGGCAUACGUCGAAUGGUUCUCGGCUUUCACUGCGGAACCAGACCGUAACUCGGGGAUGUACAAGGUUGUCCGCUCAAUUCAGAAUGGGGAACGCUUGGCGAGUAUUAUACCAGUUUCUCAGAUUGAACGUAGUGUACAUCUCUUGCCUAAGUUUGGUCCUGUCGUCCCUCGGGACUGGACAAGCAGCACUGUCUUAGAUUUGGCGGCAGCAUUCUUUGUAAACCCAUUCCUAGACCGGCACACGUUUGCUACAUUUGUCUAA